AUGGGCAUUAAUCUGGGAGAUACCUGUCUAUAUACCCUGCAGUUCGCAGAUCAAGUUCUUAUGGCCAACGAUAAAGAUGAUUUGGAGUACAUGACAAGGAAACUACAAGAGGAAUAUCAACGAUGGGGUUUGGAAAUAAAUACAGAAAAAACUAAAUAUCUACCUAUUGGUGCAGAACUAUCUAGCGUACAUCUAGAAAAUGAAGAGAUAGAAGCCUGCAAUGACUACACCUAUCUAGGAGUGAUAUUUGAUACAACAGCUAAAGAUGACAAAGAAAUUAAAAAACGAAUAUCACAAGCUAGAAGAACAAUUGGCUGUCUGAAUGGAGUAUUUUGGAGUAAUGAAAUAGGGAAGAAACGGAAGAUCAAUAUAUACGAGACCCUGGUAAAGAGCAGUCUACUUUAUGGUGCAGAGACGGAAGCGGUAGGAAAAGACGGAAGCCUAUAG